AAAAUAUAUAAACAGAAGAAGAAAAAAAAACUCGCUUUUUGCCCACCGCGUCCUCCCCCUCGGAGAUCACAAGAUCCGUCACCUCUCCAACACCAUUGUGUCUCGACUGAAUCCAAAGGUUAAACCUUUGCUUGAAGCUCGUGAAACCCUUCACCACCGAGAUGCCAAUUUAGAGACUACAUAGAGAGAGAGAGAGAGAUAAUGGUGAAGGCAGCGGGAAAGCAGAGUUGCGGGCGGCUUGUGUUCGCUUCAUUCCUCGCUCUUCUAGCCUUUGGACUCAUCGCCGACUUCCUCUGGGCUUCUUCUCAUCGCUUCUCCUCCUCCGCCAUGUUGUCCCUUCCCUCCUCAGUCACCACCGUUGUCGGAAAACUCCCUCCCAUUGAGAAAGAUAGUAGCAAUAAGAAGAAGAAGAAGGACGAUAAUGGUAGAGAAAGGAAGCUCUCUGCAACGUUUCAAGACCUGCCUGCUCCUCAGCUACAUUGGGAGAAGAUGUCAGCUUCGCCUGUGCCUCGUCUUGACGGAGCUGCUAUUCAGAUCAGAAACUUUCUUUACGUCUUCGCUGGUUACGGCAACAUUAAUCUCGUGCAUUCGCAUGUUGAUGUAUACAACUUCGUGGAUAACACAUGGGGAGGAAGAUUCGAUAUGCCUAAGGAGAUGGCACAUUCUCAUUUAGGGAUGGUCACUGAUGGCAGAUUCAUCUACAUCGUCACUGGUCAGUAUGGUCCUCAAUGCAGAGGUCCUACCGCUAAGACAUUUGUGCUGGACACUGAUACAAACACCUGGAGUGACUUCAUUCCCUUACCAGUUCCUAGGUAUGCUCCAGCUACUCAGCUAUGGAGAGGUAGACUCCACGUGAUGGGUGGAAGCAAAGAGAAUCGACAUACACCGGGGCUUGAACAUUGGAGUAUCGCUGUUAAAGAUGGCAAAGCGUUGGAGAAAGAGUGGAGGAGUGAAAUUCCUAUCCCUCGUGGAGGACCUCACAGAGCAUGUGUAGUAGUGGAUGACAGGCUUUUUGUGAUUGGUGGUCAAGAAGGUGAUUUCAUGGCUAAACCAGGAUCUCCCAUCUUCAAAUGCUCACGCCGUUUGGAGGUGGUGUUCAGCGAUGUUUACAUGCUGGAUGAGGAAAUGAAGUGGAAAGUUAUGCCACCGAUGCCUAAACCGGAUUCGCAUAUUGAAUUUGCUUGGAAGGUGGUUAACAACUCCAUUGUGAUCGUUGGAGGGACAACAGAGAAGCAUCCUGAAACCAAGAAGAUGGUUCUUGUCGGAGAAAUCUUCCAGUUUAACUUGAAUACUAUGAAAUGGUAUGUGAUUGGAAAGUUGCCGUACCGUGUGAAGACUACGCUGGUUGGUUACUGGGACGGGCAGUUAUACUUUACCUCAGGGCAACGAGACAAAGGCCCUGAUGAUCCUGGACCGCGCAAGGUAAUUGCAGAGAUGUGGAGAACCAAACUGAUACUGAAUCCAUGAUCAUGUAAGAGAAAAAAAAUAUCUAUCUCCCUCUUUAGUAAUGCAAAGUCACAACAGAUUUUGAAGUUCAUAUUCUUUGAGCCUAACUCAUCCCACUCCACCAAAACAGUGCCUCUAUCUUCAAUGUUGAUGGGGAAUUUGUAUGUUGUAAACUGAAAACACGCAAACUUAUGAUGAAAACUUCAGUUUUUUCCAACA